AUGUUCAACCGGAGCAUCGACAACAUCGAGUGGCCUGCAACCUUGAGAGAGAUGGUGUUUGGAUCCAGCUUCAACGGCGGAGAUAGCAUGUUGGCACCCAGCUUCACCGGCGGAGGUAGUGCCAAUCUGAGAAGCGUGGUGUGGCCGGCGAGCUUGCGGGACUUUACCGCACCCGUCGCGAAGUUGACCGAGAAGCUAGCAUGCAACAAUUCACGGCGCGGUUAUGGUCGACGCCGUCAACGGCGUCAACAUUUCCGGAGGAUGCGGAAGAUGCAUCACGACGCCUGCGCCCUUUGUGCAGGAAGGCGUGAGAAGAGGCGGAUCGAUUAG